ACUACGGUUGAUGUUCUUGAUGACCGCGGUAGAACUCCAUGCGACCUUAGCUGCGAUGAGCAAAUGAUGCGACUCACAGCUCGAACGGCUGAUCGAGACGUCGACGAGCAAAGAACUCUGCCCAAAAACGCGGAAGAUGUCGAGCAUGUUACAUCAACAGCGCUGUGGGUGUUAACGAACGGUGAAACAGUUACCGAUGAGCAUCUACUCAGAGAUCGACGUCCACCAGAAGCGGAGGACUCUAGUUCGUCCGUAUUGAGCGAUGCCGCAGAAGAAGACAAUGAUUUGAACGAGCCAGGCAGCAGCAGCGCAAGGUGGUGCGAUGAGCCGCUUCAUGUAGAAAUUUCCAUGGACACAGACGUUCAUGUGCCAGAUUCGCCUAAGAUGGCUGAUUUGUUUGAAGCUGUCACCAGUCCUGGUAUGAUGCUGAAUGAUGGCGUACGCGCUAAAAUGGCCUUACUUGCUCAACAAAUAAUAGAUGCCUUGCCAGAUCGAAUAAAGGUACUUUUCUAA